AUGGAGGGUACACCACAGGCAAGUGCCAAUGAGAAUCCUGUACCGAAGGAAAGAACACAUCAGAUACGACUGGUACAGUCGAACGGCGCAGUGAACGAGAACGGAGUGUCUGCGACGAGGGAUGAGGGGGAUGUCUCGACCACAACGCUCUCGACGAUCGCAGUUCGAGCUGGAGAUCACGCAUCGAUAGUUGUAGCACUGCUGAAGUCCGUGGGUUUCAUACAACUGCGAAUUGACGAAAUGAAACCUAGUCUUCUUGCUAUUGGAGGAUCAAGUGAAGAAGCAGCAUCGUUGCUUCACAUUCAUGAAGACCUCAUGGCUCGAUUGAAGGACAAAGAGGACCAAGUAACAGCGCUGUUAACGCGAGCGGAAAAUCUGAGCUCUGAAAAGGAAGCCAAGGAAGCUGUAGUCUACGAUGACAUGGCAAAGUGCUUAAAAGAGGCUUGGCAUGGGCUCAACAAGCAACUUUUGCUACGAGGUUAUCUUCUCAGGGAUACGGUGUCUUUCUAUAAGUUGGCAAGACGUCAUGAACAGCUUCUCAACACGGUCUCCGAAGCGUUAAAGAAAAUUAUGGCAAGAGAGAACGGAGUAGACACCGCAUUAGCUGCAAGGAAGAUUGAACAAAACGUCAACGAACUGAUUGAAACCACAGCACAAGCUGUAGAUACUGGUUCAUCCGUGAUCUCUCAAAUUCGGACGCUCGGUCAGCUGAGCGACGAUCCAGAACGAGCUCAGGAAAUCCUCGCAUCUUGUGUGCUUAUUGAGAAAGUGAUGCUCAGAAUUGCUUCGGAAUGGGAGCGAGUAGAAGCGACGUGGAAGUCUGAGAAGUCGAAAAUCGUCAUUAUUGAGAACGUGGAUGAGCUACUUGUCAUUGAGGACUGGCUUUCCCAUGCCGAGCGACGCGUUAAAGCGGUGACUGAAUUGGGUUUUAAACGACUGUUGGAGGAGGGAAACGCGCACAAAGCUCGACUUGUGGCGCUUGGUGCAAGCGGUGCGGCCGACGGGGCUCGAAUUACACAUCUAAAUGGUAGGAUUGAAGAAUUCUUGCAUUAUGUCAAAACGAGGAUGAAUCGAUCGCAUCGGAUCCAAUCGUUCUUCCAAUCGGCUCAAACGAUGCUCUCACAGCUGGCAAUGAUGGAAGCGGAUAUGCGAAAUGCCAACGCGGCCAUGGCAGGCGAGCUCUAUCCGCUGGCACAGCAAAAGGCGAGCUCUGUCACUCACGAGGGUCGUGACAUAUCCGCAAAAGAAGUACUUACCUAUGAGGAACAUGCCCUCGUAAAACUACGAUGUCAAGAGAUAGAGCAUCAACUGAAUAUUCUGCAACAAUUGGCAAAUGAAAGACAACGGGGAACUCAAGUCAGCCAAGAAUUGGCAAGCCUUGAGUCAUGGCAUACCAUGCGGGUCGUUCCUUUCCUGGCAACACAUACCGAUAUGGGUGGUACCCUUAACGAAGCUGUUGAUUUCCUCGAGGCACAUAAGAUGUUUGUGGAUGAGGUUGUGAACCGUGACGCUUCGGUGGUGUCAGCGAUGGCGAAGAGGACGGAAAUGACCGUUGUAGAACAGAACGGCAUGAGGCAAUUCGAGCGUGGCUACGAGAAGCUGAAGGAUGUACUUGAACACCGAAUUCGUAUAGGCAAUAACUUUGUCCAGGUGCACAAGUUUGCUAAAGACCUUGAAUCGUCAUUUGAUGCACUUACUUCACUUCUGGACACUAACAGGGACUUCACCAACGAAAGAGUAGCAGGACAAGUGGACAAUGUCUUCCACAUGAUCGAGGAAACGAUGACACAAGAGAAGCACGACGUUGAAAGAUUUGUUAAUGCGGCUGAAGCGGUAGCAAAAGGCGAUGAAACGCUGAACGUGACGAGAUCGGUUCAAGCGGCCAAAAACAUGAUAAUCGACCAUGAUCAUCGCUACACUUAUCUCAGAGCGAUAUGGAACGAGUGGCAGAUACAUAAGGCUGAGCUGAAAAAGAAGGUGACAAUCAUUGAAGAGAUCGAAAUGUGGCAGGAGGAUACAUGGGAGAUCAUCAGGUUGCUCGAGAAUACUACUGUUACCACCUUACAGGAGAGUGAGGGACUCCACCGUAGAGUGAAAGAGUUGGGACAAACUAUCGAUCAACAAACGGCGAAACUGGAGGAGGCAAAGAUGUUCACCGACAAUGAGGAAUAUAACCGAAGACUUAAACGAGUGCUAGAGAAGCAGGAGCAAAUCAAAGAACGCUUUAAGAAACUUGACAAGAAGGUGGAGGUCAUAUAUGAAACUUUCCUGCAAGAAGAGAGGGAAGAGAGAAUUCGUGCACCUCAAAUCCUCACCGCUCUCAAGGAUGCGCAGGUAGACGAAGGUAGCCGUUUCGAAUUUGUUGCUCGAAUAGAAGGAGAACCGGAACCGAAGAUCACUUGGCUCAAAGAUGGUAUUGACGUCAAAAACAACAUCGACUACCGUCAGGAAUACAUAAACGGCGUGGCUAGUCUAGUCAUUGAGGAAACUUUCAUUGAGGAUACCGCAACGUACACAGUUCGCGCAGAAAAUGCUGGAGGUGUAGCUGAAAGUAGCGCUAAGCUAACUGUCAAGUCACGCUCCGCCGUUUCAAGUCUGGUAGAGGAGGAAAAGCCACGAUUCAUAAAACAGCUAACUAACGUGCAAGUCACGGAAGGUCAAACGGCUCGACUCGACUGCGUCGUAGUUGGUCGUCCGGAGCCAGAAGUGAUAUGGUACAAAGAAGAAAAGACGGUGAAGGAAGACGAAAGGAUCCACUUGGAAUUCGUUGGUGACCACUGCUCUCUCACCAUCAAGGAAACAGAGAUCACCGACACUGGAAUGUAUACCGCUAGGGCAAGGAACAUCCAUGGAGAAGCAAUCAACUUCUGUCAAUUGAAGGUCUCCCCCAGAAAACAGCCGCCACCCACUGCCCCGAAACCAACUCGGCCAACAAUUCAGACAGAAUUGGCUACUUCCACAUACGAGGAGGGAGAUACAGCUAUACUACAGAUCCACACUCAAGGAGAGCCACGACCUCACGUGGAGUGGCGCUUUAACGAGCAACCAAUUACCACGACGGAAACAGUAACAGUAGACGAAAAGGAGGAUGGCUGGCAUCGCCUUAUCAUCUCACCUGUCACGCCUGCUCAUACCGGUGUCUAUACUGCUGUCUCUGUCAACGAAUUCGGUGAAACACGUACAUCAGCUACGCUGUACGUGGAACCAACCACUACCACCAGAACAUCAAUACACGAGGACAUGCUUCAAGAAGACAUCUAUGAAAGAAUGGGACGACCAACAGAGAGGACAGAGGAAGUGGUUCGAGAGGAAUCAACGCAGCAAAUCGACGAGAUUCUCGAGAAAGCACCGGUGCACUCUGUUGACUCUGUUGAACAGCAUGAGGCGACACGUACUGUUACGAGCAAGGAGUAUGCACAGCAAAUCAAUGAAGUUCCGAUACCGGAAGUGCAAAAGGGCACCACUACACGUUUCUCUGAGACGUAUGCUGGACAAAUCAAUGAAGUUCCGAUACCGGAAGUCCAAAAGAGCACCACUACGCGUUUAUCUUCCGAAACUUUCCAUGCAGGACAAAUUAAUGAGGUUCCGAUACCGGAAGUGCAAAAGAGCACCACUACACGUUUCUCUGAGACGUAUGCUGGACAAAUCAAUGAAGUUCCGAUACCGGAAGUCCAAAAGAGCACCACUACGCGUUUAUCUUCCGAAACUUUCCAUGCAGGACAAAUUAAUGAGGUUCCGAUACCGGAAGUCCAAAAGAGCACCACUACACAUUUCUCCGAGACGUAUGCUGGACAAAUCAAUGAAGUUCCGAUACCGGAAGUCCAAAAGAGCACCACUACACGUUUCUCCGAAAAAUAUGCAGGACAAAUCAGUGAAGUUCCGAUACCGGAAGUCCAAAAGAGCACAACUACACGUUUGUCCUCCGAAACUUUCCAUGCAGGACAAAUCAAUGAAGUUCCGAUAGCGGAAGUCCAAAAGAGCACCACUACACGUUUGUCCUCCGAAACUUACCACGCAGGACAAAUCAAUGAAGUUCCGAUACCGGAAGUCCAAAAGAGCACCACUACGCGUUUAUCUUCCGAAACUUUCCAUGCAGGACAAAUUAAUGAGGUUCCGAUACCGGAAGUGCAAAAGAGCACCACUACACGUUUGUCCUCCGAAACUUACCACGCAGGACAAAUCAAUGAAGUUCCGAUACCGGAAGUCCAAAAGAGCACCACUACACGUUUGUCCUCCGAAACUUACCACGCAGGACAAAUCAAUGAAGUUCCGAUACCGGAAGUCCAAAAGAGCACCACUACACGUUUGUCCUCCGAAACUUACCACGCAGGACAAAUCAAUGAAGUUCCGAUACCGGAAGUCCAAAAGAGCACCACUACGCGUUUAUCCUCCGAAACUUACCACGCAGGACAAAUCAAUGAAGUUCCGAUACCGGAUGUCGAAAAGAGCACCACCACGCGUUUAUCUUCCGAAACAUAUCAUGCUGGACAAAUUCACAAGGUUCCGCAGCCGGAGGUAGAAGAGAGCACUACGACAAAAGUGUCAGAAAUUUAUCAUGCCGGGCAAAUUCUGGAAGCUCCACGGCCGGAAGUAGAGAAGACAACUACGACGAAAGUAUCGGAAAUCUAUCACGCUGGCCAAAUUCUGAAAGCUCCUCAGCCGGAGGUGGAGAAGACCACAACAACAAAAGUGUUUGAAGUCUAUCAUGCUGGGCAAAUUCUGGAAGCUCCUCGGCCGGAAAUAGAGAAAACCAGUACGACAAAAGUGUCAGAAGUCUAUCAUGCUGGGCAAAUUCUGGAAGCUCCACAGCCGAAAGUUGAGACAACUACGACCACACACAUCACCACCGAGGCCUAUCAUGCAGGAGCUUAUUACGAAGCACCACAACCAGAAGUGCAGACAACAACAAAAGAAAAGACUGAAAAGAUGUACCAGGCUGCUUACUACGAAUCAUCACCACAACCGGAAGUGCAAAGAACAACAAAAGAAAAGUCUGAGAAGAUGUAUCAAGCUGCCCGCUAUGAAUCAGCACCGCAACCAGAAGUGCAGAGACCAACAAAAACAGAAAAAACCGAAAAGAUGUACCAAGCAAUAAUUCCAGAAACUCCUCGAGCACCCGACGUUGAAAUGGCUACGUUGACUUCGGAGGCUGUCGGGAAGGAACACGUAGCGGCGAUUAAACAAACUCCGAUCCCAGAAGUUCAUAAGUCGACUCUCUCGGAAGCUUUAUCCGUUGAGAAUAUUGCAGCUAUUCGCCAAUCGCCAGCACCUGAAACCCUACGUGCGACGCUUACUCAAGGAGUUUCAUUCGAAAAUAUAGCGGCGGUUCGGCAGCCUUUCACACCUGAAGUCCUAAAAGCUCACCUUUCUCGUGGAAUCUCUGUAGAAAACAUAGGAGCGGUUGGCCAAGUUGCACCCGAGAUCCAUCAUUCGCACCUUUCUCGUGGAGCAUCUGUAGAAGUUGUAGGAGCUGUGCGCCAGCCUCUUACAUACGAAGUCCACCAAGCUCACCUUUCUCGUGGAGUAUCUGUGGAAAACAUAGGAGCGGUUCGGCACGCAGCGGCUCCUGAGAUCCAGAGGAGUCACCUAUCUCGUGGAGCAUCUGUGGAAACUAUAGGAGCAGUUGGACAGGUUGCACCUGAAGUUCAUCAGGCGCACCUUUCUCGCGGAGCAUCGGUGGAAAUCGUAGGAGCGGUUCGUCAUGCGGUCGCACCUGAGGUCUACAAGAGUCAUCUUUCUCGUGGCGUAUCUGUAGAAAAUAUAGGAAUCCAAAGGAGUCACCUUUCCCGUGGAGCAUCUGUAGAAACUAUUGGAGCGGUUGGGCAGGUUGCCCCUGAAAUUCACCACUCGCAUCUUUCGCGUGGAGCAUCUGUAGAAAUCGUUGGAGCGGUUCGACACGCUGUCGCACCUGAGGUCUACAAAAGUCAUCUUUCACGCGGUGUAUCCGUAGAAAAUAUAGGCGCGAUUCGUCAAUCACCCGCUCCCGAGGCUCAUAAGGCUACCGUCACCGCUGGCUCAAACAUUGCAAAUAUAGCGGCGAUACGUCGCACUUCUAUGCCCGACACUCAUCUAGCGAAGAUUACCAGUGCGAUUUCGUUGGAAAAUAUAGCGGCAAUUAGUCGGACACCGAUACCAGAGUCCUACUAUGCUCGACUCACAAAUACACCUUUAGAGAAUGUUGCAGCGAUUCGCCGAACUCCAGCUCCAGAAGCAGGACAUGCCACCAAAAUUCCAGGAUCGGCGGUGGGAAAUAUUGGUACAAUUCGGCAAACUCCAGCUCCAGAGACUGGAUAUGCUAGGACGACUGCGGGAUCAGCGUUAGAAAAUGUUGGCGCGAUUCGCCGAACUCCAGCUCCAGAAGCAGAACGAGCUACCACCAUUCCAGGAUCAGCGGUGGGGAAUAUUGGUACGAUUCGCCACACUCGUGCUCCAGAAACGGGAUAUGCUAGGAAGUCACCAGGAACGGCGGUGGAGAACAUUGGUGCAAUUCGGCAAACUCCAGCUCCGGAGACCGGAUAUGCUAGGACAACAGCAGGAUCAACUGUGGAGAAUAUUGGUGCAAUUCGGCAAACUCCAGCACCGGAAAGGAGACGUGCUACGACCACGUCAGGAACAGCGGUGGAGAACAUUGGUGCAAUUCGAACAACUCCAGCUCCAGAAACAGGAUUUGCAAGGAAGACAUCGGUAUCGGCACUGGAAAAUAUUGGUGCAAUUCGACAAACUCCAGUCCCAGAGACAGGCUCUGCUACUGUAACUAGAUCAGCGUUAGAAAAUAUUGGUGCAAUCCGCAGAACUCCGGCUCCAGAAACAGGACAUGCUACUAAAAUUCCAGGAUCGGCGGUGGAGAAUAUUGGUGCAAUCCGACAAUCCGAACCUGUCCAUCCACAUACUGCAACGAAAACGGACGGAGCAAUGAAAGAAAAUGUUGCUCAAAUCAAUCCAACAACCACUCAACCUGACAAACGAGAGUUCACGAGGUCGUCGUUGUCGAUAGAUAGGAUUGAUGAUAUCGUUGUCCCCGAACGCGCCCCACACACUACAGCAGAGGUUUCGCAAACAGUUACAGCCGAAGGAUUUAUUCGCCACCUUGAUCAAGACUUUACGCCAACUCAAGUCACCACAACGGAGAGGAGUGUUCGAGGUGGAGUCACUAUGGAACAAGGGGAAAGGGUCAGAAGAGAAGCCGAAGCAGUUGUCACCGUCACCGAAAAGACACGAGAACAAGAUGCUGAAGAGCGACGACAACUUGAACAGCUCGAACAGAUGGAGAAAGAAGUUGAAGAACGUUUACGAAGAGGUCCAGAGGUUCAGAAACGAGUUACACAAACUACAAGUGCGGAGGGAUGGGUUCAGCGCGUUGAAGACGACGUAGCUAAGCCUCAAGUAGUGCAGACAACGAAGCGCAUUGAGAAAGAAGUUACUGAAGAUUCUAGAUCCAAGAGGCACAUGGUCACUCCUGGAGAGACCAUCGUUUCGACGACUAAGAAGGACGAAGAGGAGGAAGAGAGGAGGAAAAUUGUCCAGUCACGCAUACCUCAGAGAACAACUAAGGUUACCACUACAACAACCGCUGACGGCUUCGUUCAGCAUUUGCACGAUGAAAUAUCGCGGCCAACCGAAGUUACAACGAAAACUCGAAAAGAAGGAGAGGAUGCACAGUUCAAACGUACCGUAGAGAUGCGAAGAGCAGAACCAACUACAGAGAAGACGACCACCACAACUACUACCUCUCUUGUACAAACAGCCGCAUCACGUCCAUUACAGCCCACAACCAAAACGCAGAAAACCACAGAAGAGCGCGAGGAAAAAGAACGAUACAGGGACAGCUUCAUUGCUGCAUCGGAAGGGGAAGGAUUCUGGACAGAUGGCGCGUAUACAACAUCCCCUAGUCCACCGCCUAUACCUAGCCAUCUCUCAAGGACGUACACAGAACCACAGUUUAUUAAAUCCCUCCACAGGGAGUAUACUGUAGACGAAGAAGGUAGUAUUACCAUUGAAUGCACGCUAGUAGGAAAUCCACGACCGAAAGUUCGAUUCUUCCUUAACGACAGGGAGAUUCGCAAGGAAUCGAAAUUUGUUGAAAUUGUAACUUCUGGUGAUACCUAUUCUAUUGUGAUAAAGAAGGCGCGGCUAGAACAUGCUGGAUACUACAAAGUUGUCGCUGAGAAUGAACGAGGCAAGACUGAGUCAUUAACCAUGCUCCAUGUUCGUCCACUGUCGCUGAUACAACACCAACGAAGGAACGGCUUUACUGCUCCAUCUCAGAAAAUUACCGAGUACAAAACUCCAACUGAACACACCACGGUGACGGAAGAGUUUGCAAUGUUCGAAUACGAGCAACGACGACCUCAGAAACACGAAACGAGCCGGCUUGUGACGCCUCCGCCUGCGAAGAGAUUCCAAGCGCACAGGAAGGAUGAGGAGAUGUUAGAACAGUACGACAUUAACCAACGUCAACCUGCUGGUCAUCCGCCUCACUUCACCCAAACGCUGGUGGCAGCAGUCGCAGCCGAUGGUGAAUCAGCUAGAUUUGAUGGAAUUGUGACCGGCUGGCCAGCACCCACUGUUGAAUGGACUAAGGAUGGGGAGCCCUUCAGCAGAGAUUCUCUUCCAGAUGUUGAAAUUAGCAAUAUCGGAGGAAGGGUUUCGUUGUCCUUCAAGAGCUGUCAUACUGUUCAUAGUGGUAAGUACAUGUGUACUGCCCGUAAUGUCAGCGGAGUGGCAACCAGCAGUGCGCAAUUGGUCGUCCGACCGAGAACCGUUGCUCCAGAUUUUAUCCAGAGAUUGAUCAGCGAAGAAAAGGUUGAAGGUGAGCAACUAAAAUGGACAGUUCGAGUGACCGGCGAUCCGUUACCGAAAGUCACAUGGUUACGCGACGGUAUUGAGAUUCCUGAUUGCGAGGAAGUUCGAAUAAUCGAUGAAGGGAACGGUGUGCAUUCCCUGCUGAUCGUUAGAGUGGAACUUGCUGACAGUGGCCAAUUCACAUGUCUUGCUGAAAACGUAGCGGGAGAGGCUCGUAGCACGGCGGAUCUUGUGGUGAGGCAAUCCGGUAGUCGACCUGGCAGCUACUUCCACAUUACUAAGGUCACUCAGGAGAAACAGACGCAAGGCGAACAACCGAUCCCUGUCAAUCGAAAACGAGGCCUCAGUUGUUGA